GCACACGUGAUGCAUGCGCAAUGUCGGGGCGUGCGCGAUCCCUGGCUGCAGGCCGCUGGAGAGAUUGCCAGGAUCCCACGGUGACUCUGAUCUGCUGAAAAGCAGCUUUUCCGCGCUCGCACGGAACCGCCGGAGUUGCCAACUCGGCUUCAUAUACUUUUCUUCAGCUGGUUGAUAUUAAAGAAAAUAAAAAGUGUAACUGCGAGAGCCGGGAAGUGGCCGGGUGGAGGCCGCAAAGCCUGGGCCUCAGGUCUGAUGUCAGGGGAGAGGCAAACCGGUUCCUUGCAUCACUGGUGGCUGAGGGCCGCCGGUCACAAGUAAACAUUUUGUUCUUGCGGUGCGGGCCAGUUCUUGAAGACUGAAGAUCUUUUGGAGUCGGUGCUUUAUUAGUAUAGGUGUGCAACAUCAACAUGUACAACAGUGCGGUGCCACCCCGGUGGCUGCACUGCCCAAGGAGAGGGCAACCCGUUGCAGGAAAAUUUUUACCUUUGAAAACUAUGUUGGGAUCAAGAUAUGAUGAUUAUGUUCCUGAAGAGAAUCGAUUCCAUCCGAGUAUGCUUUCAAAUUAUCUAAAGAGUUUGAAGGUGAAAAUGGGACUCCUGGUUGAUUUAACAAACACAAGCAGGUUUUAUGAUAGGGCUGAAAUAGAGAAAGAAGGAAUUAAAUAUGUUAAACUACAGUGCAAAGGACAUGCUGAGUGCCCCACUGAAGAAGUAACAAAAAUGUUCAUUCGAUUAUGUGAGCAUUUCAUAUUUCAGCACCCAAUGGAAUUAAUCGGAGUACACUGCACACAUGGCUUCAAUCGAACUGGAUUUCUUAUCUGUGCUUACUUGGUGGAGAAGAUGGAUUGGAGCAUUGAAGCAGCAGUGGCUACUUUUGCACAGGCGAGGCCUCCUGGUAUUUAUAAAGGGGAAUACCUGAAGGAACUUUUUUCUCGUUACGGUGAAUUAGAAGAUGCUCCUCCACCACCGGAAAGACCAGACUGGUGUUAUGAGGAUGGUGAUGAAAAUGUUGAUGAUGAUGGAUGCAAAAUUGGCAAUGACGCGGAACCUGGAUCUUCAGGCUCCAACCCCAGCAAGAGGAGAAAAGAGCGACUUAAGUUGGGAGCAGUUUUUCUGGAGGGAAUGCAAGUUAAAGGUGUGACACAAGUGACAUUGCAACCGAAGUUGGGAGAGAUCCAGAGGAAAUGUCAGCAGUACUGUGGAUGGGAAAGGUCGGGAUUUCCUGGUGCACAGCCUGUUUCUAUGGACAAACAAAACAUAAAAUUUGUUGAGCAAAAGCCAUAUAAGGUCAGCUGGAAAGCGGAUGGGGUACGGUAUAUGAUGCUCAUUGAUGGCAAGAAUGAAGUGUACAUGAUUGACCGAGAUUUUGCAGUCUUUCAUGUGGCGAACCUGGAGUUUCCUCUUCGGAAGGAUCUUCGUGUUCAUCUGAGUAAUUCCUUACUGGAUGGGGAAAUGAUCAUUGACAAAGUAAAUGGACACCCUGUUCCUCGAUACUUGAUAUAUGACAUAGUAAAAUUUAAUGGAAAGCCAGUCGGUGAUUGUGACUUUAAUGUUCGAUUGAGCUGUAUUGAGAAGGAAAUAAUACAGCCACGACAUGAGAAAAUGAAGACUGGCCAGAUUGACAAAACUAGGGAGCCAUUUAGUGUCCGAAACAAGCCAUUCUUUGACAUCCAUGCUGCGAGAAAGCUGUUGGAGGGAAGCUUUGCUCGGGAAGUUAGCCAUGAAGUGGAUGGACUGAUUUUUCAACCAACUGGGAAGUACAAGCCUGGUCGAUGUGACGAUAUACUUAAGUGGAAACCUCCAAGUCAUAAUUCUGUUGACUUUCGUCUGAAAAUAACAAAAGUAGGAGGAGAAGGGUUACUCCCUCAGACUGUUGGACUACUAUAUGUUGGCAAUUAUGAACAACCCUUUGCACAGAUGAAGGUAAACAAAGAACUAAGAGCAUAUGACAACAAGAUCAUUGAAUGCAAAUUUGAGAACAAUAGUUGGGUUGUCAUGCGAGAAAGGCUGGACAAGAGCUACCCCAAUUCCUAUGACACAGCUAUGGCUGUCUGCAAUAGUAUCACUAAUCCAGUUACGAAGGAAUUCCUCUUCGAAUUCAUUGAAAGAAAUCAAAUGGCCGAAAGAGAAUCACGGAAGAGAUCACUGGAUAUGGACUCUGAGCUAAUGCCACCACCACCUCCGAAGCGACCAAACUUUGCUUUGUAAGCAAUAGAUUUGUAGACAGUAUCUUUGUAAAAUGAUUCAGAUAUAGAAUCAUUGUUUUUGCAGGUCUGCAUAGGCUGAUAUCAAAACUAUUUUCUCUGGGACAGAUGUUUGCAGAUUCUCUUGAGCAUAAAUAGUUUUUUUCUCAAUUCAGCAAACUGUAAAAAUAAAUAAAAAUGUUCACCAACUAAGUGCAGUUAUUAAUUUUCUUUCCAUUUCCAAUAUUUUGGUUAAUUUGGAUUGUCUCUGGGCUCUCUCAUUACUGCACUCCAACUUUUAGUCCCUAUCCAAUACAGUGGAUUCCAGUUAAUUGGGACACAUCGGGACAAGUGCAUUUUGUCCAAUUAAGUGGCUGCCCCAAUUAGCCAAAGUUUCAUGGGAAUAGUUAAAAACAUAUAGAAAAAGACAAACUAGUAACAACUUUUGUAUUUAAAUGGAAAUGCAGAACAAAUUAGAACACUAACAAUCCUACUACAGCACUAUAAACCUGUAGUCCUGAUUGUUAUCGAUAUGUUGCUGUGUUCUUUUGAUUGACUGUAUUGGAACAAAAUCAGCCCAGACAUCUGGUGCAGAUAAUGGACUGCCUUCAUACAAUGCAUUCAACAGUUACAUCCUCCAAAUCUUCAUUUUCAUUGUAACAUUCAAGAUGAUUGUCAGUACAUUCAAAUUCUCCUAACUUGUUGAAGUAGUGAAAUCGUUCUGUUUUCACUCCUGGCUAUUUCUGGUAUCUCCAAGCCUGAAUGCUUGAAACUGCAGUGAGCAAAGCAGUUCUGAAUUGUCUUACUGCUUAUUUCUCACCAACUAUCAGUGUCAAAAGUCACUGCUUUUUCGUGUUUUUACAGACGUAAAUGGCGCUAUUUAAAAACUUUUCACUCAAACAAUGCUGUGGUAUCUAAUGGCCACAAAAAUGUACCCAACUGACACUAGUUUAAAAACAUCAGCUACAGUCCCCUGUCUCAAUUAAGCAGUAUAGUGUUCCAAAUAAACAAAGUGAAUCCCAGCAAUUUUCUCGAUUCGUUUUUGUUCUUUCAGAGUUGCCCCAAGUAAGCGGCUGCCCUGAUUAACUGAUGGCCCAAUUAACUGGAAUCCAUUGUAUUUACAAGAAAUUGCAAUUGUAUACAGUAUUUAUUCUGUGGAGGAAAAAAACACACUUUAUUUUGCAAUUUAAUUCAAAGUUCUCCAAAUCCUGUGGAGCUGUUUGCUUUCAAUCGUUUUUGCAGUUUGUUGUAAAUAUAAAACAGAUUAACUUAUCAUACAGUUUUUUAAGAGCUUUAUUUUUAAUAUAGUUUUAACCCACAGACAAUGCAGACCAAAAAAAAAUUUAGGGUUCUUACUCUGAGUACCAUUUCAUUUCAAAGAAUGGAUAUGAACCAAAUUUGCGUUAAUGAAAAGUGAAUAAAGAUUUCUCCACCAAGCCUACCACCUUGCUCCAUCCACCAAGACUCUGUAUUUGCUUUAAUUUAAAAAUGGUGGACGUUAGCUGAAGUGCAUCCCUCACUCCAUAUACUUUCUUCUGACUCACUUAACUUUCAUGUUUUCUUUUUUAAAAUUAUGGAGGAGUUGAUGUAAACAUUUGCAAUAAGUGUCAAUAAAAAGACACCUCCUUCCUUCAAGGUGAAGUGUGUUGGAUUAUGCAAUUUUUAGGAAAACUUUGUCGCCUCUUUUUGUCUUGUUAAUUAAAAAUAUAAAUGUUUCAAGUUUGUUGCAAGAUCUCUUAUUAUUUUGUUUUAUGUACUGUAUUCUCAAACCUGUAGUGAAUACAUUUAUAAUCACACUGAUAUAAUUUGAUUUAAUAACCUGCUGUGCAACUAAAAUAGUGAAAUUUUCUGUGAAGUUACAUCAGACUGAGUAUUAUUUCAGGAAAUUAACAAAGUAAUUUAUUUUAAAGAAAUGGUUUUACUCACGAUAACCCAAACAAAAACCUCAGAGACACAUU